AUGGCCAUAGCAGUUGCAGGCUUGGUGUUCGUGCAUGACCUCCGUCACAGCACCCAGAACAAGAGAUAUGUUUUUGGAGAUUUUAGCCCUGAUGAAUUCAAUCAGUUCUUUGUGACUCCUCGCUCUUCAGUUGAGCUUCCUCCAUACAGUGGAACAGUUCUGUGUGGUACACAGGCUGCAGAUGAACGACCUGAUGGACAGGAAUAUCAGAGAAUUGAGUUUGGUGUUAAUGAAGUAAUUGAACCCGACGAUUCUUUGCUGAGAAACCCCAGCUACAGUAUUUCAAGCACAUUGAAUCCUCAGGCCCCUGAAUUUAUUCUCAGUUGUACAACUUCCAAAAAGACCCCUGAUGGCAUAGAUAAAGACGUAAACUACAGCUCCAUUGACUGCCAGUACCCAGACUCUGCCCUCGCUUUGGAUAGCAGCUCUAAUGUAGAGGCAGAAGUUUUGGACAAUGAUGGUGUCUCAGGUGGUCUUGGACAAAGGGAGCGUAAAAAGAAGAAAAAACGGCCACCCGGAUAUUACAGUUACUUGAAAGAUGGUGGUGAUGAUAGUGUUUCCACAGAAGCCCUAGUCAAUGGCCAUGCCAAUUCGGCAGUCCAGAACAGUGUCAGCACAGAGGAUGCAGAAUUUAUGGGCGAUAUGCCCCCAUCAGUUACGCCCAGGACUUGUAACAGCCCUCAGAACUCCACAGACUUCGUCAGUGACACUGUACCUGAUGGUUCUUUCCCCAGAGCACUCGACAGUGAUGCCAGGACUGCAGGGCAGCCUGAGGGGUGCCACGGGACUAAUUUUGAACAAUCCUGCGCCGUUCCCGUCAGCCAGCCCAAGUCCUGGGCCAGUCUGUUUCAUGAUUCUAAGCCCUCUUCCUCCUCGCCUGUGGCAUAUGUGGAAACUAAGUAUUCCCCUCCUGCCACAUCUCCCCUGGCCUCUGAAAAGCAGGUUGAAGUCAAAGAAGGGCUUGUUCCAGUUUCAGAGGAUCCUGUAGCCAUAAAGAUUGCAGGAAACUGGUGCUAUAUUAAUGCUACAUUGCAGGCACUGGUUGCUUGCCCUCCGAUGUAUCACCUGAUGAAGUUCAUUCCUCUGUAUUCGAAGGUGCAAAGGCCUUGUACAUCAACACCCAUGAUAGACAGCUUUGUUCGGCUAAUGAAUGAGUUUACUAAUAUGCCAGUACCUCCAAAACCCCGACAAGCUCUUGGGGAUAAAAUCGUGAGGAAUAUUCGCCCUGGAGCUGCCUUUGAACCCACAUAUAUUUAUAGACUCCUGACAGUUAUCAAGUCGAGCCUGUCUGAAAAGCGUCGACAAGAAGAUGCUGAGGAGUACUUAGGCUUCAUUUUAAAUGGACUUCAUGAGGAAAUGUUAAACCUAAAAAAGCUUCUCUCACCAAAUAAUGAAAAAUUUAGGAUUUCCAAUGGGCCCAAAAGCCACUCGGUGAAUGAAGAAGAGCAGGAAGAACAGGGCGAAGGGAGUGAGGAUGAAUGGGAGCAAGUGGGUCCCAGGAAUAAAACCUCGGUCACCCGCCAGGCAGAUUUCGUUCAGACUCCAAUCACCGGCAUUUUUGGUGGACACAUCGGGUCUGUGGUUUACCAGCAGAGUUCAAUAGAAUCUGCCACUUUGCAGCCAUUUUUCACAUUGCAGUUGGAUAUCCAGUCUGACAAGAUACGUACAGUCCAGGAUGCAUUGGAAAGCUUGGUGGCAAGAGAAUCUGCCCAAGGUUAUACCACAAAAACCAAACAAGAGGUUGAGAUAAGUCGAAGAGUGACUCUGGAAAAACUCCCUCCUGUUCUCGUGCUACACCUGAAACAAUUUGUUUACGAGAAGACUGGUGGAUGUCAGAAGCUUAUCAAAAAUAUUGAAUAUCCUGCGGACUUGGAAAUUAGUAAAGAACUGCUUUCUCCAGGGGUUAAAAAUAAGAAUUUUAAAUGCCACAGAACCUAUAGGCUAUUUGCAGUGGUCUACCAUCACGGCAACAGUGCGAAGGGUGGUCAUUACACUACAGAUGUCUUCCAGAUUGGUCUGAAUGGCUGGCUGCGCAUCGAUGACCAGACAGUCAAGGUGAUUAACCAGUACCAGGUGGUGAAGCCAACUGCUGAACGCACAGCCUACCUCCUGUAUUACCGCCGAGUGGACCUGCUGUAAACCCCCUGUGCGCCAUGUGUGUGUGUGCCUGAUGCC